GUGCGCAGUAGUCGCCACGCGCAGAGUGAGUGCGGGAGAGUGUCAGCUCAGGCGAGCGCACACACAUCAUCAUUCAGAGGAGCUGCGCGAGACCGGACACAACGCACUGCCGAUCCGCUGAUACUGGAUUAACAAACCUGAUUGUAAAAGAAGCACACAAGAAAGUAGGACAAAGUUAUGGAUGAAAGAAUACCGAGAAUGCAGGGCAGACAGUUCCUGGAUCACGCGGAUUUUUUGGGGGUUGAAUAUUCGUCUCUCUACAUGUGCAAAUCCAAAAGAGGGGUGAAGAGAGAGGAAGGAAAGGACGCGUAUAAGUUACCACACAGACUGAUUGAGAAAAAGAGGAGGGACCGAAUAAAUGAAUGUAUUGGGCAGCUGAAAGAUUUAUUACCGGAACAUCUGAAACUUACGACUCUAGGUCACUUGGAAAAAGCUGUAGUUCUUGAGUUGACGCUGAAGCAUUUGAACGAUUUGACAGCUGUCACAGAGCAACAGCACCAGAAGAUCAUCGCUUUGCAGAACGGGGAGCGGUCGUUGAAGUCCUCCCUCCAGGCUGACUUAGACACGUUUCACUCAGGCUUUCAAGCAUGUGCCAAAGAAGUCCUGCAGUAUCUGAACAAGGUGGAGAACUGGACGGCGCGCGAGCAGAUGUGCACGCGACUCAUCAACCACUUACACAAAGUUUCCGCGCAGUUCCAGCCCAGCGCAGGGAGCCUGCAGCGGCCGUUGCCAGGCGACGACGUUCCAGAUCGGGACGUGCAGAGAGAUACUCAAGCCAACUGUGUCCCUGUCAUCCAGAGGACUCAGAACCUCGAGCUUAAUGAGAACGACACGGACACCGACAGCGGAUACGGAGGAGAGGCAGAGAAAGGCGAUGGCAAAUGCGAGAAAGGAUGUGACACGGCCAAAAGAGUUAAGAUCAAGCAGGAGUUCGGAGAUGAACGUGUCACCAAAAAAGCCAAAAUGAACUGGUCCGUGAACGGUGUGUCAGAUUCCACCAAUACCCGGCCGGACGUGGCGUUAAUGAACUCUUUAAUGGGAAUGGCGGGUGUUGGUGGACAACAGACUCCCUUUUGCAUGCCGUUUUACUUCAUAAACCCAUCUGCAGCAGCAUCGUACAUGCCUUUGUUUGAUAAAAGUCAUUUGGAGAAGUUGGUGUAUCCAGCAGCAGCAGCGGCGCUGACCAACCCAUUCCCGUGGCUUUACCCCGGGAUUCCCACGCACGCCUCUGCUGCAGCCGCGGCUGCGGCCGCCGCUGCCAUCGCUUUCCCCAAUGCGCCCGCCGAUAAAACCUCUGGAUUUAAUGCAGCAUCCUUAAAAGACGACGAGCCGCCGUCUCCCGAUGGUGACCUGUCUAACGAGGCCGACCUGGCCUCUCCUGUGUCUGGGCAUCAUCAUGGCUCAGAGAAUCAUGCCAUUCAUCAGCCCCAAAGAAAUGAAAAUUAUGGUACAUAAAGCUGAUCUUAUGUCCUUUGAGUGCACACUAGUUUGCUUGUAAAAUUGCUAUUUAUCUGUUUAUCUUAAUUUAAUUGUCAUUGAGUAUUUACUAUAGUGUUUCUAUGGAUUUCCAAGCAAAGGCUGUUCAUUUUUAUUUUUUUAUUUUUUAUUUUUUUUAGCAUUAUUAUUAUGAGGACUCAAAAUUUCAAAACAAAUUGGUUUUUCUUUUUUUUAGGGGAGAAUGGGGGACAUUGUAACAGCCAGUGCCUUUUGCACUGAUUCCUUGAGUCAAUUGUCAAGGAAUUGUCAAUAUUCCUUGACAAUUGACAGCAACCUUUAUGUCUCGCCAUUCAAUGGCGUAUUAGUAUUGACCAAAAAUGUGUGAAAUCUCAGUCUUUGCUCUGGGUUUUUUUCGUUGUUGUAGUUGACUUUUUUCAUUUUUGAUGAAGAAUCUUAGUUUAGCACAGUACGUAUUAACCUUCUUUAAGCUAACGAACAGCGCUUAUCCUAGCGGAACGUUCCUUUCAAAGAUUUGGAAGUCACAUAUUGGACUCUUGGAUGUAAUGUUUGAUAUCAAGCAGGCUGGUGUGACUGCUGCAGUAUUUGUCAGAUAUAUAACUUUCUAUUAUAGUACAACUGGAUUUCGGUUGUAUUUUGCUCUUUUCAAAGUUCAGUGCUUGAAAGAGUUACCUACAUACCUCAACAUACCGUAGUGUUUGGGCCAGGACUCAUUUCUUAGAGAUGCUCCUCUGGGAGGGGUGGUGACGAAAUGUUUUGAGCGAUUUUAAUUGGACAAAUGGUGUAAGCGACAACCCUCUGAUGUAAUGUUACAGCAGUCCCCGUCUCUCUCUGCCUCUCCCGAACAAUUAGUCUGAAUCUCUUGUGAAGGAAAUCAACACUCCAGAUCAGAAUGACAGGACCAAUCACCUGUCAGUCAUCACUGAGAGUGCUUUGCCAACAAUCUGACAUCAUUGCCCUGUGUCACCUCUAGCAAAAAUGUACAAGGUAUAAUAGCACCUUAUGGAACUUUGAUAUUGAAUGUAAUCUGUGUUCUUUUGGUAGAUAUAAAAGUUUGUACUGUAUAUAUUCUGAUAAAAGUAGUUAUUUAAUCCAGAGGUAAAGUGCACUUUUUCUUGC